AUGGCGACAAAGCACAGUCGACAGACGAGGGAACAGACCAUUGCUAACUUGGCGAAAAUUACUAAACUUUCCAGGGAAGAAGUAAGCCAAUUGAUGGACAGAUUCAAUGACUUGUGCAAGAAAGAACCAGGGAAACUCCACAGAGUGGAAUUCCGUGAUGAGCUGAAUCGAUUCUUCAACAUAACUGAUGACAUUUUAAUGGACAGAGUGUUCAGAGCCUUUGACAGGAAAUCUAGUGGGACACUCAAACUGGAAGAUUAUGUAAUUGGUAUUGCAAAAUUUUUGAAAAAUGGAACACUUGACGAUCAUAUAAAAUUAUGUUUUGAUGUGUAUGAUCUAAAUAAUGAUGGCUACAUCAUGAGGGAGGAGAUGUUUCAGCUGUUGAAGUCGUGCCUUAUAAAGGCUCCUACAGAAGAAGAUCCAGAUGAACUAGUCAAAGAGCUUGUGGAUAUUGUGAUGAAAAAAAUGGACCAUGACCACGAUGGGAGAGCCUCACUGAGUGAUUUUCAAGCAGCUGUAUAUGAAGACAAGCUUAUGCUAGAAGCUUUGGGAAAUGUCUGCCGACGACAAGUGCAAGAUGACGUUCCGGGAAAUGAUUCGGAUGUUUGCAGAUGGCAAGUACAACCCAUCAGGCUCAGUCAGUAUAAGUGA